CUCCUCAUGUAGGCCCCACCCAUCUGGACUCCAGCGUUUGGUUGCACAGUGUUGCAAUUUCACUUUGUUUUAUUCAACGUUUUGCGUUGGGGGUGGAAAAAUAAAUGUAACAAAUGUCCAUUUGAAGGAGACGUCGUCUUAAACGUUUGAUUUUUUGAAGCGCGUACUCGGACGAGGAUUCGUGUGCUCCUUGGCUCGCCUGGGUCUUUUUUACAGCGCGGGAAUCCACCGUCGGUUUUUUUUUUAGUUAGCGCUGCUUUUUUUCCCUCCUUCUGCCCGCUGGAAAAGGCUGUAGAAGCCCAGACAUUACAGUUGCUGCAUGAUGGCCAGACCAGUAAGGAACAGAAAAGUGGUGAACUACUCGCAAUUCAACGAGUCUGAUGAUGCAGAUGAGGAGUAUGGUGGCAGUAAGCCGGCCAAGGUGCGGAGCGCUCCCCGUGAGCUGAAGCCGAGGCGCUCAAAGAAUUCACAGGAUGAAAGUGAGGACACGGAGGAUAAGAUCGCCAAAUCUAAAAAUGACUCGGCGGAGGACUUUGGAAGUGAGGAAGAAGAGAAUGAAUUUGCAGAGGAAGGGGAGGAGGAAGAGGAGGAAGAUGGAGGAAGUGACUACGAAGAAAAGAAGGCAAAAAAAGGAAAGAAGCCCAAGAUAGAGAAGCCCAGCAGGAAGACACCAAAAAGAAAACGGAGCGCAGAUGACAGUGACGAUGAAAAAGAAGUCAGUCGAAAGCGAACAAUACGCCAGGCAGCCUCCAAGGCCGUGUCGAAACAGCGGGAAAUCCUUCUGGGUGACGGAGGCAGUGAGGAUGAAGAGCGUGAUGACCCAGAAGAAGCUUACCUGGAUCCUGAUGAGUCUGGCAGCGAUGAAGACUUCAUGGUGGAAGAUGACGAUGACAGCGACUAUGGCAAGUCCAAAAAGAGAAGCAGCAAGAAGGUGAUUCGACGAGGAAGAGUGGACAAGAAGGAGAAGAAGUCUCCUAAACCAAGAUUAAAGGCUACAGUGAACCCCAGCCCAGCAAAAGGCAAGGGCAAAGGUCACACCAGCACCAAGGUGGCGGAGAAGAGUUCCCCUAAAGAGGAGGAAGAAAACGACCCUGAGAGUCCUUUGGGAGAAGAAGAAGAGGAGGAGGAAACUGAGAAGAAGAAAAGCUCUCCUACCCCCAAGGUGACGAAGAAAGCUGAUGGCAAGGAGAAGAAGGAGAAGGAAAAGGAGAAGGAGAAGGAAAAGGAGAAGGAGGAGAAGGAGAAGGAGGAGGAGGAGGAAGAAGAGGAGGAGGAAGAAGGUGACAAUGAAGAGGAGGAAGGAGACUCUGAGGAGGAAGCUCCUUCUGGGGAAGACUAGACGGUAUCAAGUCCAUUGUUCAAGUUUUGUUUUUGCUUCUUUUUUGGUGUCCUGGAUAAAUGGUUUGACCUCCAUGUGCUUGUUAUGACAUCACUUUUAUCUUCUUCUUCUUCUCUCCACAAGUUCACUCAUGCUUCUGCUUAAAUCCGUCCUGUCAGCAACUUCAUCUCCUAAUACUAUUCUUCUUCUGGAGUUCUCCUUUCUUCUCUUCAUACAACAUGAAUGCUCUGACUUCCUGUGUGGACAGGAAACUAAGACAAUAAAAGUAUGUGAUUUGUACAAAAGGUCAUUUCUACAUCUGCCAGCAUGUGUUCAUGUUUUCAUGUUCACCUGUGAGAAGGUCCGCCUAUGUUCCCGGUUUGCUUUACUUUGGAAACCUUGCAGUCCAUGCUGCUGCCCCCUGCUGUUCAUGUGAAGCCAUUGCACCCAGGCGCCACCUAAAAUCUUACUUUAAUUGCUUUGAUUUUUGUUAAGAAAUACAAGCUUUUUUUCUUUCAAUUUGUUGCUUUAUCUUUCUUGUUCAUUGUACUAGUUCUCUAUUAAGAAUGUUUUGUAUUUUUUUUUAAGAAACAAAAUAAAAUGUAUCUUGAUUUUAAAGAAACAAA